CUCUUAAAUAUGAGUACUACUUUGCUUGCUUCAAUACGCUUUUCCAUCAAAGGCUAAACUGAAUUCUAAAAAGCGCAAUUUUAUUGGCUGUCUUUCAAUAAAUAUCUACAACAUUGAAUAAAAAUUAUUUACAUCUCAAUUUUGUCUAUAAAAUUAAAUAAAUCACACUAUAACAGUAGAAAAAAAAUAUUAUAAUUUAUUGGAAUUUUUUUUUUUGUGCAAGUGAAUUGACAUAUGUAUACUUCUAAUGAUUGCCAUCAAAUCAAGUUACUAUUGAAAUUUGAUAAAUAAAUUAUAUUUGAUGAAAGGUAGUUUAUGAACGAAAAAAAAUAUAACCUGGAGUGUGUGUGUAUACAGUUGAUGUAAUGAAAGAUAAUCUGAAUGACAUAAAAAUUUGAUAGUAAAGAAUUUAAAAAAAGUAUAUAGUAAAUAAAAGUUUGUGAUAGUUUUGCUAUGGAUCCCGUUAUAUGAGAGACCUAGAAGACCUCAAACUCAUGCUUGACUAGACUACAACGGCACUUAUUUACUAAAAGAACUAGUUUUACUUGAUCAAAUAAUCAUUUUUUGAAUUCAUAAAGUAAUAUUGAUUUCAUUGCAAAUAGAGUAAUUAAGUUAAUCAAAUAAAUACUUGAUGAUUUCACAAUGAGUCGCACAGGAUAUACAUGUAUUAGGCAUAUAUUUUGUUCUCUAAAUGUUCUUGUUUGGUUAUCAGCAUGCGGUAUACUAGGAGUUACACUUUGGCUACGUUUAACGAGUGUUGGAUUAGCAAAUUUGGUACCUCAAUAUAAUUUCACAUCAAUUGAUUCAGUUUUCUUGGUGAUCGGUUGUGUAACCUUUGUCGUAGCAUUCUUUGGAUGCUGUGGAGCAUGGUUUCAAUCAAGAUUUAUGCUUAUAACAUAUUUCAGUUUAGUUAUUAUGUUGUUCCUGGCUGAAUUUAUGAUUGGCGCUCUUUCUUUUAUCUUCCGAGAGCACAUGUCAAGAAGUAUACAAGAAGAACUUUUAGUUGGAAUAAAUAAAUAUUAUAAUGUUACUAGAGAACCAGGAACACUUCCUACAUUGUGGGAUUCUAUUCACCAAGGGUUACAUUGUUGCGGCGUGAGAGAUUAUACUGAUUGGUUUCAAAUAGAUGCAUGGCCAUCAGAAGAUAGAGUACCAGAUUCUUGUUGUAUUAAGAGAACUAGAUACUGUGGUAGAUUGGACUUGGAAGGACGAAAUAAAGAAUUUUGGUACAAAGAAGGAUGUGCUUCUGCAAUUCAAGUUUGGAUCAUUUCAAGACUUCAUGUACUAGGAACAUUAGGAUUAAUUGUCGGAUUUUUACAACUCUUUGGUCUUGUAACAAGUAUGAUUUUGUUUUGCACCGUUAAAUACAAACGAUCUUCCCACAGUUACAAGAGUUACGAUACUAAUGUCAGCUAGGAACGCGCGUGGAUCCCAGCAUAUGGGAUCCACGAGACUUCGAUUACUGAAGAAUCUGUUGCAUGAUGAGUAUUUUUAUUGAAAUUUUAUUAUUUGCAUACUUUAGAACUAUAAUUUAUAUAAAUCAUUGAUAAUACUGAAUAAGAUUUAAUUUAUAUAAAUACAUUCUACAUAGCAUCGGGUUUAUCCAAAAUAAAUUUUUAAAAAUGAAUAUUUUAUACUGUUUGUUUAAAAAUUCUUCCAAUGGAUAAAGAAAAAAGUUAAAUGUAUAAAAAAUUCCAAAAUUUAGGCAUAGA